AUGACUUCUACAAAAACAGAAGGCAUGUCAAUAAAGUUUGGCCCCUUCGAGGUCACAAAACAGGUCUUUCUCACAACACCUCAUUCGUACGCGCUCGUCAAUCUCAAGCCCCUGAUUCCUGGGCACGUCCUCGUGUGUCCGCUAAAGUCUCACCUACGGCUCACAGAGUUGUCUCCAGUUGAAAUAACGGAUCUCUUCAGCACCGUUCAACUCACACAGCGAAUGCUGGCGCAGAAAUACUUCCCCGUGCCAGGAGACUUGAUGUCGGGUAGUUUUACUAUCGCAGUGCAGGAUGGGCCAGACUCGGGUCAGACUGUUCCCCAUUUACACGUUCAUGUGAUUCCUCGUAGGAAGGGUGAUGUUGGCGACAGCCCGGACGUCAUUUACACCAAGAUGGCAAGUGAGGAUGGUAAUAUUGGUGGUGCAUUGUGGGAUACAGAACGUCGGCCUGUACCUGCAGGUAGCAUGCCUCGAAUUGAGGAUGCGGAUCGGAGUGCUAGAACUCAUGAGCAGAUGGAAGCAGAGGCGGGAGAAUAUAGAACAAUCCUUAGAGAGCUUGGCGUGCAGUAA